GUGUCAGGUAAACAAUCAUAGAGCAUGACAAUGUCUCUCCUUAUUAUCGUCUCGUCUCGUCUCGUUGGAGGUGUUGGCUUGACUCACUUAGAAGCUCAUCAAAACCAUCUCCAACAUACUCAAUGUACCCACCACAAAGAAUCAAAGCCCCAUCAAGUGAUGGCAGAUCUUGCUUCUCAGAUUUAUGAGUCCCAUCUAUGCUACCUUUCACUUUGUUGUCGGCGAAUCAUCGUCCUUUGUUGGAUUCCCAAAACAAAUUCCCUGUUGUCACUUGCUCAAAGCCCUCGGCCAUGAAAGAAAUCGCUUUCACCUCGUCAAGGAGUGUCAUGGCUGGAGCCGUGUCCCAAACGCAAACACUCGAGUGAGUUUGAAGGCUUGAAAAUUGUCACUCCCUGCAAUUUCUCCUCCAUUGAAGUCCGACGCAACGAUGGCCCUUCCAUUUCUUCAAACAGACAAGCAGAAGUUCCUCGACAGCCAAGCGAAAUGGAGCAAAGGUCUCGGUGAAGGAUGGAAAGGCACAAAGUUUCUCGGCAUGGGAUGUUUCGGUGUCACAGGGCUAUGGGAGUACCAAGGAGGUAGCCUGGCAGAUCUCUGCAAGAAGAAACCGGGCAUCACGAAAGUUGUCGUGAAAAUGGCUCAGGUGUACCCUUCUGCAUUUGACCCUAAAAGUGGGAGAACCGCUUUGGAUGAGGGUGAGAUUGGGAGGAUUGUAACAGGAUUUAAUUCGAAGCAUCUUAUUCGACAGUUUGGUGGGAAUAGGGUUGGAGAUCAAUUUUCCGAGAUGGAGGAUGUGGUGCGGGUUUUCUUGGAGUAUUGUCCUGGUGGGAGUUUGCAUGCGCUUCUGAAGCAAGCGGACAGCGACGACCCAAAGCCUAUUCCUGAGAUAGAUUUGUGGCAAAUUUUCGAUUGUCUGGCUCGAGGUGUGUAUGCAAUGGAAAGAGAGACUGAGGAGAUGAACGUACCUGGUGCGCCAGCAUAUACUGGUCGAGACGAGGAGCUGAUGCAUUGCGAUCUAAAGCCAGAUAACGUCUUCCUUGGGUAUCGAGAUAACGAACAUUCAAGAUUUCCCAUCAGCAAAAUUGCGGAUUUCGGAGAAGCACUCUUCGUAGAUUCCUACGACCUGCAGGACGAUGAAAGCGGUGCCAAAUACCUCGAACGAGGUGCACCAGCCUUCAAGCCUCCUGAAGAAGCAAUCAACAAGCCCUUCGGCGGCUGGCAAAAAUCAGGUAUCCCUCUCCUCCACGCCCGCAAAGGAACCUGCUCCAACAUCUGGCAAGUCGGCGCCAUCAUGAACGCCAUGAUCCUACGAGCACACAUGGACUUCAACCCCGACGAGAUCAAAAACGCCAACCCACCACUAGUCAACAUCUCCAAGCUUCGAAGUCCCUCCGCACAACGACAAAUCAAUCUCGGCAGCCAACUUAACCACAGUCAAGGUCUCGAAGACAAAGUCAUUACAGAUCUCUACACCGCCCAACUCUUGACGCUCAUCCAAGAAUGUCUAUUCCGAGAACCCGAAUACAGACCGAAAUGUGACGAGCUGGUCGAAUACGCUAAUCUCGGCCUCCAGAAAGCGAACAAGGAACUCGGCCCCUCAGGCUGGGCCAGCGUAACCGAACCCGAGAUCGUGGAUCCCUACGACAAAGUGCCCAUCCUCUCCAGCGGCACACCACCCGAGCCGCCCACCUCCUGGAAAGUUGCCCACGUGAAGCUUCCCACGGGAGAAUUUGUCGAUGCACGGGAUUUGGAACCGGUGAGGAAGGGGAUGUUGAGUUCCGCUUUGGAUGCUUUGCCUAGUUCGUUCGUGGCUAGGAUCUCGAGGUCGACGACGCCGGGGCCGAAGACACCUCCUCCGUCGCCGCUUUCGCCUGGUGGGCUGGCGAAGACGGUCGCUAAUGGGUUGGUGGGGAUGGCUGGGGUGGGGGCGAAGUAUAUUUUUGAUGCUGCUGUUGAGCAGAGUAAGAAGAGGAAGAGGUCGGCUGCGAAUUUGUCGAGUAGUGAGAAGGAGGAUGAGUUCGAGAUUAUAUGAGUGGGUUUCAAGUAGGCCAGUUUAUUUCGUGUCGAUAUUUCCUACAUCUGUUUCAAAUUAUAUAAAAUAAUACAAUUCUACUUUUCCCUU